UUAGUGAUCAUCUAUGAAAAGGUGGACGCAAACAAAAGUGAACCAUUUAUCAUGUCUAUGGGGAUUAUGCGGAAUUUAAACGAUCUGGAACAUAGCAGAAAAUGUUUUGACUUCUAUAUGCCUAAAAUUAAUGAGGCAACCCACACCUAUGAGGAGACAUACGCGCAAUGCCUAUUUGUGGCCUUGGAGGCUGAACAAACCAUAGAAGAUGGAAUGACUGAAGAUAAGGCCAAGAUUAAAAGUCUAGGAGAUGAUAUCUGCAACGCCUACCAGAACUGUUCUCUUAUCUUGGCAUCUGCAGAUUACUUUGAGUGCUAUUAUGGUGCGGCGAGAGAUUCCCUACCAACAUCCUAUAACAUCCAAUAUGAAUCCACCAAUAGUUUGACUUAUCUCAAUGAGUCAAUGUCCACGAUAAUAAGUGAUCAAGCUACGUGUAUCGAUAAAUGUACAAAGGCUUAUAUCGAUGAAACUCUACAGUUAUAUACAACACUGGAAGCUUGUUUGGCCGAUAAGGAUUAUCCUCUGGAAACUGUUACCCCUUCUACUUCUACAACGCAAAUCAGUUCCACUGUAACGAUUACCACUACGGAGACAGCAUCAACAGCCACAGAAGAACAUACUACUACGGAAACAACAUCAUCUAUUACUGUAGACCCUACCACCACAGAUAUACCAACAACUGUAACAGAAGAUUCUACAAGUGCUGAAACAGCAUCAACCAUAACAGAAGAUUCUACAACUGCAGAAACAACCGUAACCUCAGAGCCCACCACCAUGGAAACAACAACUGUAACCCAAGAAUCGAGUUCAACGGUAACAACAACAGCUUCAACUGUAACAGAAGAUCCCACAACAGAGAAUUCUACAACUGUAACCGAAGAAACCACAUCAUCUAUAACGGAUACAACUACAGCUCCAACAGAAGAUACUACCACUACGGUAGCAUCCACUGUAACGUUUGAUCCUACCACUAUGGAAACCCCUAGUACUGUCACUACAGAAUCAUCUACUAUGACAGAAGAUUCUACAACUGUCACCGAAGAAACAACAUCAUCUAUAACGGAGACAACUUCAGUUACAACAGAAGAUACUACCACCACAGAAACAUCUACAACAACAGAAAUAACAUCUACUGUUACCACAGAUCCUACCACUACUGAGACAACAUCCACUUCUGAGGCAACAACAGAUUCAACCACAGUGGAAACUACAUCCGCUGUAACAGAAGAUUCUACUACGACACAAACAACUUCAGCUGAAACAACAGAUUCAACUGUGACAGAAGAAUCCACGACUACGGAAAUACCAACAACAGUUACAGAAGAUCCUAGCAGCACUGUGACAACCCCACCAGUAACAACAGAUAUUACCACAACUGCUGUAACAUCAACUGCGACAGAAGGUUCUACUACAAUUACGCAAACAACGCCGGCAGAAACCACACAGACCACCUCUGAGGAAACAUCUACCGUAUCCGCUGAUCCGACCACCACGGAAGCAUCAACACAACAUUCAACGACUACUGAAACUACAUCAACUGUAAGUGAAGACCCUUCCACCACCGAAAAACCAUCAACGAUGACUGAAGAUCCCACCACUACAGAAGCAAUAUCGACGGUUACCUCGGAAACAACAACCCCAGAAGUAACAGAACCAUCCACAACUUCUGAAACAACAACGCCAAACGAUUCCACCACUAUCGAGACAUCCACUGUUACAACCGAUGCUACAACUACUGUUAAAACUACUACAACAGCUGAUCCCACCACCCCCACGGAGUCAUCUUCAACUAUGACAGAUAGUUCGACCACUACAGAGGCAGCAUCAACUGAAACUACUGAUCCCACCACCCCGGAAACAACAACAAAAGCUCCCACAACUACUGAAACAACGGUAAGUGACGAACCUAUCACCACCGACAACACACCAACGGCAACUGAAGAUCCUACCACUACAGAAGCAGUAACAACAGUUUCUUCAGAAACAACUACCACAGAAGUUACAUCAACCGUUACAGAAAAACCUACCGAAACCACUACAACAAGUGACUCUACCACUACCGUAACUUCAAAUCCUACUACCACGGAAACCUCUACAAUUACCGCAGAUCCCACCACAACGGAAUCAUCUUCAACUAUGACAGAUAGUUCGACCACUACGGAAGCAGUAUCAACUGAAACAAUUGAUCCCACAACCACGGAAACACCAACAAACGUUCCCACAACUCCUGAAACUACAUCAACGGUAAGUGAACAACCUACAACUACCGAAAACUCACCAACAGUAACUGAAGAUCCUACCACUACAGAAGCAAUAACAACAGAAAAGCCCACUACCACUGAAACUACUACAAUAGUAACAGAAGAUACAACCACUACUGUAACACUUUAUCCUACAACCAUGGAAACAUCUACUACAACAACAGAUGAUCCUGGCACCACGGUUGAUCCCACUUCCACGGAUGUCUCAAGCACCACGGAAACUUCAACAGAAACUACGAUUGCAGAACCUCCGGUACCAUCAACACAGAACCCUCCUACCUCUGCUCCAACUCAUCCUACCCCCAUUUUUCCGGAAGAGACGACUUCAUCCAGCUAUGCGCCUCCUUCUCCCUCAACGCCAAAUACCACGACUAAUGGUCAAACACCACCUAAUAAUGUACAUUAG